UGACUGAAUGAUAGAGCCGUGUUUGGAUGAGGCGGAGCGCACUUGCUUGUGUUGACACUGGACGGAUAUGCGGCGAUGCUCUUGCGUGUGAAAGCGUUUGCAGCGGUCUCUAAGCAGCUACGGAGAGAUUUCGCCUCGGAUGAGAGAUUAGGAGGAGGAGGAGGAAGAGCGACCAGCAAUCAGAAAAAAAAUAAAAACCCCGAUAUCUUUUUGUCCAUCGCGUCUACUCGGUGGCGGCGGCCCGUGGAUUCUCAGAGGAAGCCGGGGGCUGGAUUUGAAAUGUCGCAGGGAUGUGCUGAAAGCUUGAUGAUGAAAGGAGGAAGAGGAGGAGAGACGUGGAGUGAGCCCUUCCUGGCCCAGUACAGGUUUUAAUUAGACCCUUGCAAAACCAGUGACGUCUGUGGUCAGGAGGUGAUGGCAGUGCUGACUGAGCUUCACCAUCGCUCCUACCUGUUCCUACAGAUGGACACCCCCUUCCUGUACGCUUGAGCCUGCACUCAGCGCUGCCUCCUUCCCCUCCUCUCCUUCUGCCUCUCCUUGCUCAUUUCCCACCUCUUCUUCCACCCUCCUCAUCCAUCUCUUCUCUCAAUCCCUCCAUCUAUUUUCCCCACACUGAAUUUCACUACAUCUACGAUAUUACUUUAUUAUGGCGUGCUGUGGGCGCUCUCUAGACUCCCCGUGCACACUAGCCUUGCUGGUGGGCUUCCAGUUUGCCUUUGUUCUCUAUUUCUCCCUUGGGGGCUUCAGAGGCUUGGUGUCUGUCCUGGUGCACACCACAGAGCCAGAGUUUGAUUACUCUCGGCCUCAUGACGUCUAUACCAACCUCAGUCAUCUGGGAGUACCGCCUCCCCCGCCUCGCAACUCUGGCACUGGCCCCCCUGCCACGGGACCACCACUGAGAGACUGCCAGAUCCCCUCCCCACUGCUGGUUGGACCUGUGUCUGUCCAUCUUUCCUCUCCUCUGUCCCUGGAGGAGAUCAGACAGAGAAACCCGUUAGUGUUGCCAGGUGGACGCUACCGGCCUCCAGACUGUGAACCCCGGCACCACACAGCGAUAGUGGUACCGUAUCGGAACCGGCAGACCCACCUCCGUGCUCUCCUCUACCACCUCCACCCCUUCCUGCAAAGACAGCAGAUCCACUACAGCAUCUAUAUAGUACAGCAGUGGGGGAACGGUACUUUUAACCGAGCCAAGCUGCUGAAUGCUGGGGUACGGGAGGCCCUCAGAGAUGAAGACUGGAGCUGCAUCUUCCUGCAUGAUGUUGACCUGCUGCCUGAGAAUGACCACAACACCUACACCUGCCACAAGCAGUUCCCCACACACCUGUCUGUGGCCAUGGACAAGUUCAGAUACAGGCUGCCGUACCCACAGUACUUUGGUGGGGUGUCUGCAGUGACCCCAGACCAGUACAUGAAGAUGAAUGGCUUCCCUAACCAGUACUGGGGCUGGGGUGGAGAGGAUGAUGACAUUGCUGCCAGAGUACGUCUGUCUGGCAUGAAGAUCAUGCGCCCUCCAGUGGCCAUUGGUCAUUACAAGAUGAUCAAGCAUAAAGGAGACAGAGGCAAUGCGCAAAACCCACGCAGAUUUGACCUUCUGAAAAGGACCAGACUCAACUGGCGCUCUGACGGCCUCAACUCUCUGACCUACGAGCUCCUUUCCAAAGAGCUGGAGCCUCUCUUCACCAACCUCACUGUCAACAUUGGAGAAGACCCCCAUCUGCCCCAGGGGAAAGCACCCAUCCCUUUGAAAACAACAACCCCUGUCCACCAACAUAGCACCAGCAAGACCGGAGGCACAGCAAAAGAGGAGAAGAGGCAAGAGAGCAAAGGGGCUCUGGCAGUAAAUAUGACUGUGGCCAAGCUGGUUGGUGAAAAGACAGAACCUACCCAGUCAAAGGCAGCAAAUCAAACAACACAGGAGAAGACAGGUGUGAUGAAACAGGAUGAGGUGUAUAAUAAAAGGACUGCAUCACAUCUGUAGCUAAAAGUGGCUUCCCCCUUCAUUUUGAUCUGAAAGACAAAAUGGAGGAAAGCAGUGUAGAUCUGUUCUGUUGUGGGACAUAAAGUGCACCAGCUUUUUGUGCUCAGUGCAGGUUAUGGAUAGUAAUGAAGAAGCCACUUUUGUCUACAGGGGUGCAUUCAGGAACAAAACUGAGUCCCCUCAUUCACUGAGUGCGACUCUUGGCUCUAGUGACUGACACAAGUCUGUGGUCACGCUCACGACUAGUUUGGGGCCAGAAGAAGAACGGUGAAGGACUGAGUCAUGUCCCCAUAGAGGUCAAAACAAACUAAAUGAAAAUGAGACAGCAAAUAUAUAAUUCUUGCUCUUUUCCAGACAUCGCAAGUUGUAAGCAACCCAUCUGCUGCCAGCAGACCUGCAGCUUUUCAUCCAGUUUGCUCCCCAAAAACUGCUGCUGUCAGUCCAUCCCACUCCAUGGUGGGUUUGUGUUUCUGUGCCUUUUCUCUUUUAUGUGCAUUUUAUAGACCAGUAUAGUUGCUUUUAGACGCUGACCUGGGGUUAAUUUUACCCCUCCUGCCUCGCAGCAACUAAAGCUGAUCCUAUGAGAACAAAUGAUUUGUUCCAGGACUGUCGUUUUAUAUUUGUGUGCAUUGAUCAAGUGCUGACCAACUCCAUAGUUAUCAGACAAUGCUAGAGUUUAUAUUUAUAUAGAGACUUCUGUAUUUGUUUACUGAUUUGUUUGACUCGUCCUUCCUUUAAGUCUGGUGCCUCUCUCUGACAUUUAGUUUCUAGACAAUCAAAUCUUAUGGGAAUCUAUCUCUGUAACCACACAAGUGAGGAAAUAUUAUCAUGACUAUCUUUACACCUGUCAGAUAAACAUAGACUUGGCAUGAUAGUUGUUGUCUAGUUUGACUAUAGUCUCGAUACAUGAAUAGACCUGUGUUUCUGAUAUUAUCUGUGAUUUUAUUAUUUUUCUUUUAGAUUAGUCAGGUAUGGGAAAAAAAGCAAACUUGCAGACAAUAUUGUAGGUAUGUGACUACACAUUUGCCAGUUUCAGAUUGUGAUUGUUUUGAUAGUAAAAAAGGUCAUUAGUUACGGUAAAGCACUGUGUAUAGAUCUAGGUCAGCUUUUUACUAGGCCUAAGGACUAAGGCUAAAGACUAAGGCUUCACGUCUUCACAGAGGGUCUUUCAGUAUAUUAUGAAAGAUCCCGGUGCAUCUAAAAGCUAUAAAUGAGAGUCUGCCUCUCCUUGUCUUCAUUCGCUACAAUGAAGCUUUUGUGUCUUGAAGGAAACCAGACAAGUAAGAAGGAAACACGUGUAUUAGAUAGAAAAUCAAAUAAUUUUAUUCUGAGGGCUGCCAAAUUAUGACAUGCAUGUACGUAAUUUGUGUUGACAGAUCAAUUAUCAUCUACUUCUAUGAUCUCAAAGCCACUUCAUCUCUCAGACAUUAUUUUGUUUUUCCAUAUCAGCCAUUUGGAAUGUAUUGUUUUGAGUUUUGAGUCGUCCUAGUUUACCUUUUGUGAAGGAGGAGUUUAUCAGGUGAGCUUAGUUUGUGGAUGGGGACCUGAUCACUCGUAGGCCAUAGGAUUUCUUGCUGCUAUUUGACUAGGGAAAUGGUUAAUUGUAUUAUUAAUUAGCUUGAAAAAUUACAUAUUGUAACACAGAUUUUCUGGUGUGGAAUUGUGUUUUAUCAUACUAACAGGUAAUGUAUUACUCAUGCUAAUUUGAAUGUAUUUAAUUUAUAAAUGUAUUUAUUGAAUCACUGAUAGAGCUACAGACUUCUGAAGUGCAUAUGUGUUUUAGGGGUUGAUACGCCCUUCUCCAUUGUAGAGCAGUUUAUUAUCCCUUUAUAAUAUAUUUCCACAUUUUUUAUGUUAACAUUGUGCCUCAUGAAAUAAGACCAUAUUACUGAGGGAUUGAAGGCAUGCUGCUGGGUUAUAUAUGAGCGCCCUCAAGUGGCACACUCUGACAAGCACCAGCCAAGAGGAACCAAGGACUGAAUGAAACUGCAGUGUUGUGACUUGAAUGUUAAUCAUUAACGUUGGCCAUUCACAGGUUUCAGCCAAUCAAAUCUUUUCAUUGCUCUGUGUGGACCGGAGGGUUUCUCGUUUGCUUUGUAUCACAUGAUUGAUCCUGCCAGCUUAAAGGUGUAGAGCAACUCUCUGAAUUUCACUGGUUAAUAGAACCAAAAACUACAUAGUGAGUGUUUUAUGAAUGGAUAUAGUUUUAUGGAAGGAAUCUAUGUUUAUUUAUGAUGAAAUAUUACCUGUUUUAAACAAAGAGUGCUGUGCAAACAGAUUGUCUUGACAGAGUACAUUGAGAGAAUAAAGCCUCAUUUCUUAGCUUUAUACUACAUAAUUAUUUAGUUGCAUAUCAAUAGAUAAUAUAUCGUCCAUUUAUAAUAUUGACUGGGACAACACCUGUAUGAAGCAGUGACACACUGAAAGCUUUUAAGGAUGUUAUGUAAUCUCAACAGAAUAAUCAGCAAACUGUGUUACCUGGAGAUUGUUCUAUAUUUAAUAAAUAGGCUAGUUUUUAUAAAGGAUGUUUUCGCAUAAGUGUUGGAAAUAUAUACUGAGUAGUUGAAAGCAAAUUCACUAAACAGGAUUGGGACUUCAUGGGAGGACUUUGGAAGUUCAUUUGAUCGUGAGUUCAUUCUGUCAUUAUACUCCCAUGUUUGAGAAGUGGGAUGUUCAUGUAUUCAUGGCAAAUGAGACGUAAUUAUUACACAUAUGAUGAUCACAUAUAAUGAUGGACCAUGGUAUUUGUAUCAUGCGAUGAUACAAAAAGACCUGUUGUCAUCUUAGGUUGCCUUAUUUAUUGACCUUGUCUUGAAGAUGAAAAAUUGUGUGCGUGUUUGUGUGUGUGUGUGUGUUUGUGAAGAGCACAAGGUCAUCAAAAAAGGCAACAGAAGCAGUGAACUAUGAUGGACAGUGUUGUGACAGAAAUAUGUAUACCAAUAAAAAAAACAUAAUCAAAAA